UUUAGGAGAAGUACAAGCAAAAGGAACCAUCUACUUAUCGAACAUCCGGAUGGUCUUUGUUGCAAAGAACCCUAAGGACAACUUCAUUGCUUUCGACAUUCCUUUGCUUUUUGUUCAUGGUGAAAGACUAAAUCAACCAAUAUUCUUCUGCAAAAACAUUUCAGGAUAUGUAAAUCCAGUUGCACCAGAUAAUGAAAACAGUGGCAUUCCUCAUUCAUUUAAAAUUUUGUUCAAGGAAUGUGAUUGUGAGAGUUUCAUCUCAUUAUUUUUCGAUUUGAUUGGAAAAGUGAGAAGGCGCUAUCGUAGGUCAAGGGAAAAACAUCGCGUAGAUCCUCUUCACGAACCAACAAAAAUACCAGUCGAUGAGAUGACGCGAUAUGCAUAUGUUGACCCCAAUGAUCCUACAAGUAUCUUCUUGCAGCAGACUACUCCAGAGUCUCAACUCAGGUGUCGUCGCACAUGCCAGUCACAGCCUUCAUCAGGUUAACCGGAUAAUGCAAUUUGUGCGCGAGAUGCAUCUUUUUUGUGUGCGUUCAGACCUCUCCAUACGGUGAAGAGUAGCGAGUUUGUUUUGUAUAUGAUGCAGGAGCGGAGCUAGGGAGUGCAAAGGGGCUCGGCCAGACCCCCUUUGCCGGAAAACUAGUAGAUGUUGGAUCCCUUUUGCUUCUUCACGUGAUUACUUCUUUAUAUUUGGAAUCUCCUUAGGUUCUUUGUAUGUUUUCGUUGUAUAAAAAUUUUGGCUCCGCCAUUGAUAUGAUGUAUACUAUAGCUUCAUGACUCUUA